UGUGGGGUAAAAACGAGGGGGGAGGGGGGAUCAAAUGAAACAAAAGGCACUUCAGUAGGGCACAAGGAAUGUGUGUGCGAAAUUUGAGCUUCAUUCCUUUUUUCGUCUGGGCUGUAGCCCUGUCAAAGAAAGCGAAAACUUUUUUGAACAGCGAUUUUAUAACUUUAGUACCUCCUCCCCCUGAUGAUCCAGGGGAUUGUAUUUUGGUUUAUGGCGUCAGGGGCCACUAGAGAUUGAGUGUACCAAAAAUCAACUCCGGGGGUCUUCAUGGGGCUGAGAUACAGAGGGGUGAAAAAUCCAAAAAACCCCAACUUGUUCUGUCGUGUAAACUUGUUCUUGGUCGCUUUUAUUUUCUUUCGUCUUUGGCGAUGGAUUUGCUUCUGUUGGCUGCUGACGUUUAGCUUCCUUGGCGGGGUGGGACGCUUCCGCGUCCCGUGAUUCAAGGUUUUUCAUCGGAGUAACUAUCUUUUUUUUUUAAUUUUUUUUUAUUUUUUAAAUAGAUGACAAAAGCAGGACAAGGCAGGUUAUUAUUCCAGCUACAGUCAAGAACACAGUUGGAAAAAAGAAAUGAAAAUAGAGUUACAGAUCAAGAAGCCAGACCGUUCUACAUUCCGCUAGAUAGGAAUAAUGAAUGUUCUGAUGCUGAUGACGAAGAAUCAGUAUCCCUUGAUGCUGUUGAAAUGAAAGAUGAUUCUGAUUCUGAAGCGAAAAGGAAAAGAAAUAAAAAUGAUGAUAUGGCUCUUCCUGAAGAAUAUUUGUCAUUUAAGGAAAACCAUUUGAAGCACAUAGAGGAUUCAAUAAAUCUCGUAAGUUUUUAUUCAAGGCGAAAGUCUACGGCCCGUUACAGAGUAGUCCAGUAG